GCCGCGCCACACCUUAGGUAAGGAGGGAAAGAGGGUCAGAUCAGCACUCGGUUGUGAUCUCUAAAUUUCCAGAAUUUUGCAGAAUGUCCAACACACCCAUUGCCAGUGCACCACCAGCAGUACAGUUGGGCUACCCUUGCGAUAAGCUGCCUUGGGCACAAGAUGUGGAUGUUUAUCUAGAUAAAAUUGGCGGACGUCCGGUUUGGUUUAGUGAAGACACACUACCACCAAAACAAUGGUCGUUCUGCGAAUCUUGCCAGGCACCUCUUUUGCUCAUUGCUCAGAUGCUAGGGCAGCUGCCAGGCAAACAGGCAGACCGUGUGUAUUACGUUUUCGGUUGCAACCGCAGAGAAUGCAUGACUCGUCCGGGAAGUUGGAGAGUGAUAAAGGCUCUUAAAAGCUACGAACCCAAACCAAAAAAGUCCAAAGGACGAUCCAAAAAGGAAGGAAAGAAGCCAGCAGAAGGAACAGAAACUUCAAAUAACACUAAAGUGUCUGAUCAGAAUAACAAGAAGCCCUCACCCAAAUCGACGCCAGCCAAGGGAAAGGGAGCGCGAGACUCUCCGGUUACGCCGUUGAAACAGAAGGUCAUGCCUCAGCUACCGUUUUCUCCUCCACAAACGCCAAAAUUUAACCAGGACAACAGUGUGGUGCCCUCAACGAAGGAUGACGAGUGGAACGCCCCAAUAGCAUCAGAUACCUGGAGCCUUCCUGCAACUCCAUCUUUCGGGGAUCCCAAAAUCACCCCACUCUCGUUUUCUCCAUCACCCUCUUUGAGCAGCGUAUCGUCACCAACUCCAAACCUCGCUGAGCUCUUGGCUUUGCGGGACAAAAAGUAUGCGUGGGAUGAUGAGAAGGACGUGGAAACGGAGGGAACUAUCCCUGUCAAAAUUAAAAAUGCAGAGAACACCUCCCUGAGACCUUUGAAUGAUGAGGAGAUUGAAGAGAACGAUCUUGUGACCGAUUCCGGCAUUGAUAGCACAAGCAACAAUAUCCAUCCCGGUGCGGAUGCACCUGUCAUGGACGAUUCAGAAGACCCCGUGACUGCUUUAUCCGCCCAAUUCGAAGAGUCGUUGGCUAUCACCGACCUGGCAGAGGCAACGACUGCUUGGUCUAGAGCGCCCACGUUCUCCGCUUACCCACUAGAAUUUGCCCCGGAACCAGGAAAUGACGCCUCGUUCGAACACGAGAUGCGUUUACUGGCGAGUUACAAACAACUGGAGAAGGAUCUGGGCGGUGCAGAUGGGACAGAUAGUUUGACAUGGUCCGGGGAAGGUUAUGAGAAGGUCCGACCCAAAUAUUACAAUAAGGCAUUCAAACGGUUUCAAAGGAUUGUUGAGGAGGAGCCUGAGCAAUGUAUAAGAUAUGCUUUCAACGGACAGCCGGUCUUUUAUAGAGACGAUGACAUCUCUGAAUCACUGCAAAGUAAAGGACCACCACCGUGCUCUCGCUGUAAUGGACCGAGGGUUUUUGAAUUUCAGCUGAUGCCUAUGAUACUCUCCCUCCUUCCAACGGAGCAAUUAGUACCGAGAAGAGCUAGUGGGGAUGCCAAAGGAGGGGCGGGAGGGAAAGCCACAAAUUUGAGCUCAUUUUUGGAGCGCUAUGCGGCUGGUAUGGAUUGGGGAACGGUUCUGGUGUACUCUUGUGCGCGAGAUUGUGAAGAACGAAAGCAGCGUGAUUCGAAUGUAAGUUACUCGGAAGAGUACAUAGUGGUGCAAGUAGAGAGCUUGGUGUAGGUGUCGUGCCAAACCCCGUAGCAUGUAGAAUAUUGAAGUGUCUCGGCUCAUGGUAUUGUGUUCAUUGGAUGUGGCGCCCACAUAUCUUAUUAUAUUACCAUUAAUAUUGCAUGACAUACAUUACUAAACGCUAA